AAGCCUAGCGUGUGGUCAUCGUGGAAUUCGGACCUCCUAUAAAAGAUGAUUCGGGACCAUUGCCUCUCCGUCCAUCAACAGCGCUGCAUCCAUCCUCGGCCAUGGAAGAUAUUUACAAAGCAGCGGUCGAGCAGCUGACCGAGGAGCAGAAGAAUGAAUUCAGGGCAGCUUUUGAUAUUUUUGUGCAGGAUGCUGAAGAUGGGUGCAUUAGCACCAAGGAGCUGGGUAAAGUGAUGCGCAUGUUGGGUCAGAACCCCACACCGGAGGAACUGCAGGAGAUGAUUGAUGAAGUCGAUGAAGAUGGCAGUGGUACUGUUGACUUUGAUGAGUUCUUGGUCAUGAUGGUGAGAUGUAUGAAAGAUGAUAGCAAAGGAAAAUCAGAAGAAGAACUGGCAGAUCUGUUUCGAAUGUUUGAUAAAAAUGCUGAUGGUUACAUUGACAUUGAAGAAUUAAAGAUCAUGCUGGAGGAAACAGGUGAAUGUAUUACUGAAGAUGACAUUGAAGAGUUAAUGCGAGAUGGUGACAAAAAUAGUGAUGGAAGAAUAGAUUAUGAUGAAUUCUUGGAGUUCAUGAAAGGUGUCGAGUAAAAUCUUGUAGAAUUAUUGGCAGGAAUCCAGUUACUUGCUUUGCUGUGAACCCUCUUUAGUCCAUCACUAACAAGCAUGAAGAAC